AACAUUUUUAACCAUAACAUUUUUGACAUUGUUGAUACAAUCUAAAUGGACCAAAAAGAGACAAUAGAACAAAACUGUCAAUGGCAAUGUGAGAAAAUUAUGGUAACUAGUCUGGUCCUAAUUCAGGUUGUUUAAAAAAAAAAAUGUAAGCCAGGGUGGGAUCAGCCAGUGGCGGCUUCCCACUGCAUGCGCGAUUCAUUUGCAGUCUGGACUCAGAGGGGUGAACAUCUGCUGCUCUGACUGCAGUUGGGAGGGACUGCUGUGCGAGGACUGGCCGCCUGUGAGUGCUUUAGGACGGGGGUGGGGCCCACGGCAGCACCCGCUGCUCGUUGAGAAGAUGUCUAAAGAUGACAACCAGACUUCUUGCCUCAUUUAAUGUCUUGGAGAACCAUUCCAAGAAAGUCCUGGAUGGGCAUGCAAGGAAGAGUCGUCUGCUGAGCCAUGCCCCCCGAUGCUGCUGUUCCUCCUGCAGGAAGCCAGACCUGGUCCUGCCUCUAACUGUCAACUGUGACUGGGACUUUGAGUUCCCCAGCGCUCGCAGGACCGCCAUCUCCAAACACAAGACCACCACUGACAUCAACGUGGAGCAAGAGUUUCUGCACAACAAAUUACGGGUAUCAAAGCCAGCAACAGCAGCCUCGUCCACCACAGAAGACUCCAGCUGCAAACUGAAGGAGGCCGUCCACAGCAGAGUGAGCGUCUGCACCUUCACCAGCCCUGAAUACCUUCCCUGGAGGAUUGGACACAGGACAGGAGAAAGCAGAGGAGGAGGACGGUUGAAAAGGAAGAGUGUGAGGGACGGGCAGCGGCAUUCUCCAGUGAGUGACAGCCAGAGAGAGGAAGUGUCUCCUGUAAGUGAUGAUGUCACAGCAGACUGUGUUCCUCUCAGCCUAUCAGAGGAGCUGAAGAGAGAGAAUGUGAGAGUCCUGACCCCUCGACCCCCUUCAGUUUACCUCCCUCUGCCGAUAGUCAGUGAGACAUACCCUGUGGUGUGCAACAGUGAUCCGUACCAACACAAGCCCUUCACCUCCUCUGGACACCACUUCCUAGAAGACCCUAAUCCCAACCUUAACCCUAGCCCCAACCCCAGCAGGACCACUCUCCACUCUGCUAUCGUCCGCAUCACUGACUCCCUGCAGGCAGACAUCAUGGUGAGGGAGAGGAGAGAGAAAGAAGGGGCGAGGGAGAAAGAGAGGGAGGAGAGAGAGAGGGAAAAAGAGAGAGAAAGGGAGGAGAAACAGGGUGUGGCAGGGCCCCACAGUGUGAGCCUCUGGGUUCUGUCUGCUGAUGGGAGGGUUGGUAAGGCCUCAGAACUGGGACAACUCCCGCUGCAUAGCAACCAGCUGUCCCCCCCUCCCUCAAGCAGGGCCCAUCUCCUCCCCCCUCCUCCCCACCUCCUGCCCCCUCCCCCCCCCAGGCAGAAGCGAGGCAGCUCCACUGCUGUGGGUCCUGUGCUCAAUGGGAUGAACCCUAAAAUGUCAGAGCCUCUGAUUGGCUCUCCAGACUACUUCAGACCAUUCCCCUCUGGAACCAGCAAGAGGCUUCAGACAAGCUCUCCCAGGGAGCCAAUCACAGGUCAGAUGGACUUCCUGUUCAUCUCCAAGCCGCUGAAGCAUCAUCAUGAAGAGAGCGUGAGUCCACUGGUUGCCAAGCAACGGGCCAGUAGGGAGGAUUGGCGGUUGGGCCAGAGGCACUUGGUGAUGCUGUCAGAGGAAAUAGAUGUAGAGAACAUCAGAGUUUACGGAGUCCGCAUCUUCCGGUCCCAACUCGGGAACAAGACCCCACGGCAUUACACCUCCCUCUAUCUCUCAGAACAUCACUCACACAUACACGAUGUCAAAACCAAUUCCCUUUACGACUCAGGCAUGGAACACACAUUGAAAACCUGCUCCUCUUAUGAGUCUGGCUCAGAACACACACUGAGACCCAACUUCCCCUUCGACCCGCAGCAGGCUAUCAGCAUCCCUACAGCAGAGAAUGUUCUCUUACCAUGAAUGGAGAGUAGGACUAUAUAUUAUCUAGCUAGCUAUAUAUUCUAUAACAUAGCAAUUACGUUCGAUUUUUUUUUUUUUUACAAUAAAUUUGAACUGCAAACUUCA